AUGACUGCCCCAGGUGCUUUCUUGCUACAAGCAUCUUCACUAACUACAGCCAGAUUUGAACUGGAGCAGCUUUCAGGGUGGCGGAGCUUGACACCAGUUGGACAGCCUAUACCAGGAACUAGAUUUAUUGCAUUCAAAGUACCUUUGAAAGGGGCAAUUAACCAGAGGCUUACUCCAACCCAGAAAUUUACACCAAAAGACUUAAUUGCUGCAAUGAAAGCCCUAAAUGUGGAGCUUGGAUUAAUUAUUGAUUUAACGUAUACCACACGAUACUAUGAAGUUAAGGAUUUACCUAAAAGUGUGCAGUAUAAGAAACUUUAUACUGUUGGACUUGAAGUCCCUGAUAAUGCUACUAUCCUGCAGUUCAAAAAACGGGUCAGAAAAUUCCUAUGGGAAAAUGCAGGAAAUGAGAAACUCAUUGGCGUUCACUGUACUAAUGGAAUUAAUAGAACUGGCUACCUUAUAUGUAGAUACCUUAUAGAUGUUGAAGGCUGGGAUCCAGAGACAGCAAUCCAAGCUUUUGGUGAUGCUAGAGGUCAUCGCAUGGAUGGUCUUGUGUAUCUCACAGAUCUCAGAACACAACCAAUGAGAAGGUCUGGGAAAAGAUUAAGAAUCUAUGAUGACCACUCUCACAAAGACUUAUCAGGACAGAUACAGUUGAGAGAUUUUGAUUUCAUUAAUAAGGGACCUGGACAAAGACAUCGACCAUUUCAUGACCAUCAGACUCAAGAUGACUUAAGACCACCAAUGCAGGUGAGAAACUGGGACUACAGUAGGGAACCAGGACAGAGGCGAAGACCCUUUCCUGAUCACCAGUUUUACGAUGAUUACCAAGAAGACACGCAGCUGAAGGACCUGGACUUCAGUAACAAGGCACCUGGACAGAGGUUGAGACCUUUUCACGGACAACAGUUUCACGAUGAUUUACACACAGAGAGACAAUCGAGGAACACUGAAUUUAACAGAGGCCGUGGACAAAAACAAAGGUCUUUUCCUGACCAUCCAUCUCAUAAUGAGCUGCAAGAAGACGGGCAGCCAAAGGAUUUUGAUUUUGGUAACAGAGGACGUGGCCAGAGACGAAGACCAUCUUUCCAUGACCACCAGUCUCAUGAUGAAUUUCAGACUCAGAUGCAGUUGAACGAGUCAGAUUGUGUCAGCAAAGGUCCUGGCCAAAAGCUAAGAUCAUUCCAUGACUAUCAAUCACAUGAUGAUUUACAGCCUCGGAUGCAAUUAAGAGAUUUUGAAUUUGUUAAUAGGGGUUGUGGACGGAGGUCAAGACCUUACAAUGAUCACCAGCCUUGCAAUGACCUACAAAAAGAGAUGCAACUAAAAGAUUAUGAUAAUAAAGGUCCUGGACAAAGGCACAGAACUUAUCAUUACCAUCAGCCUUAUGAUGACUUACAGGAACAGACUCCUUUAAAAGAUUUUGAUUAUGUUAAUAAAGGGCAUGGACAAAGGCCAAGACCUUUUCAUGAUCAUCCAGGUCAUGAUGACUUACUGCAUGAAUGGUGUUCAAACAGAAAUCAAUCUUUUUCUUCCCGUGAAAAUGUAUCAGAACCUCAUUUCUCCUCAUCUCCUUCACUUCACAGAGACUAUGGGUCUGAUAAUGAUGACUUUAACAGAAGUUAUAGUAAUCAACAAAAUUGUCCUGAAGACAAUAGAAGGAUGCAUCCCUCAAAUGAAUUUAACAGAGGGAAAACCAGAUUUGCACCAUACUCUUCACGAAAAAUGCAUACGUCUUCAUCUAUACACCAGGAAGGUAGUCCAGUAGACUAUGAACAACAACCUUUUCAAGGUGAAACGAGCAGAGAUAUGGAACAAAGCAAAAGAUUACCAGUUGUCACAGUUGAUUACAAUUAUGGUCUGCCAUUAGAUUGUGGACCUGAAGAGGAAGAGACAACACAUUAUGAUUUACCUCCAAGAGACCGCUACAAGUGGAACUGA